AUGUUGUAUAGCAGGAAAUAUAGUGUAGAUCUUGAAGUUUCUUCUCAGUUACUAAUCCACCAUCCGAUUGUCCGUGAGCUCGAACAAGUUGAAGAAGAGAAUAUUCACAUGCCUCCUCCUAGGAAACGUUCUCCUCGCGCUAUCAAACGGAAACCCAAAACACCGACCACUUUAGUCGAAGAGUUUCUAGACGAGAAUUCUCAGAUUCGCCAUCUUUUCUUUCCUGAUAUGAAAUCAGCUUUCGGUCCCACCAAGGAUAGUAAUGAUACAUUGCACUACUUCUUCCCUGGAAAAAUUUGGCUGGACACGGAAGGGGAUCCGAUUCAAGCACAUGGCGGUGGCAUUUUGUAUGAUGAAAGAUCUAAGAUUUACUACUGGUAUGGCGAAUAUAAAGAUGGACCGACUUAUCAUUCUCACAAGAAAGGACCCGCUCGAGUUGAUAUAAUCGGCGUUGGAUGCUACUCAUCGAAAGACUUAUGGAUAUGGAAAAACGAAGGCGUUGUAUUAGCUGCCGAAGAAACAGAUGAAACACAUGACUUACACAAAUCCAAUGUUCUUGAGCGACCUAAAGUAAUUUACAAUUCAGAAACCGGGAAAUACGUGAUGUGGAUGCAUAUUGACGAUGCAAACUACACUAAAGCUUCGGUUGGUGUAGCCAUUAGCGACAACCCAACAGGUCCGUUCGAUUACUUAUACAGCAAAUCGCCACACGGAUUCGACAGUAGAGACAUGACUGUCUUCAAAGACGAUGAUAACAUCGCCUACUUGAUAUAUUCGUCAGAGGACAACAGCGUGCUACACAUCGGUCCUCUAACCGAUAACUACCUCGAUGUGAAACCGGUAAUGAAGAGAAUCAUGGUGGGACAACACAGAGAAGCUCCGGCUAUCUUCAAACACCUAAACACUUACUACAUGAUCACAUCUGGUUGCACCGGAUGGGCACCAAACGAAGCAUUGGCUCAUGCCGCUGAAUCGAUAAUGGGCCCGUGGGAGACAUUGGGGAAUCCAUGUGUUGGCGGGAACAAGGUUUUUCGAUUGACUACGUUUUUCGCGCAGAGCACGUACGUGAUACCGUUACCAGGUGUUCCUGGUGCGUUUAUAUUUAUGGCGGAUAGGUGGAAUCCGGCGGAUUUGAGGGAUUCGAGAUAUUUGUGGUUACCGUUGAUAGUUGGUGGACCGGCUGAUCGGCCUCUUGAGUUUAAUUUCGGGUUUCCGAUGUGGUCGAGAGUUUCUGUAUAUUGGCAUAGACAAUGGAGGUUGCCUUCAGGAGGAGGGAAGAAGAUUGCUUAA